GCGGCCGGCUCGCUUCACUGGGGCGCCCCGCCGGCCAUGGAGCUCUCGGUGCGGCUGCUGCUGGCCUCCUGCCUCUCCCUGGGGGCGGCCGGAGAGUUUGACAGAAGGUGGCCCAGACAAAUAAUCUCCUCAGCAGGACUGUGCCGGUUUGGAAGCAGAAUUGACUGCUGCUGGGGAUGGGCCCGUAUGGCCUGGGGACAGUGCCAACCUUUCUACGUCUUAAGGCAGAGAAUAGCCAGCCUAAGGUGCCAGCCCAAAGCUAUAUGCCAACCAGGAUGCAAACACGGUGAAUGCAUUGGGCCAAACAAGUGCAAGUGCCACCCAGGAUAUACUGGAAAAACGUGCAACCAAGAUCUGAACGAGUGUGGACUGAAGCCCCGGCCAUGCAAACACCGGUGCAUGAACACGUCUACGCAGCUACAAGUGCUACACGUCUGAACGGCUACAUGCUUCUGCCAGGACGGAACAUGCUCCAGUGCCCUUUCUUGCUCCAUGGCAAACUGUCAGUAUGGCUGUGAUGUGCUGAAAGGGGAAGUGCGCUGUCGCUGUCCUUCUCCAGGCCUGCAGCUGGGGCCUGAUGGGAGAACCUGCAUAGAUAUUGAUGAAUGUGCUACAGGGAGAGUUAUCUGCCCGCGAUUUAGGCACUGCGUCAAUACUUUUGGAAGCUACAUGUGCAGGUGUCAUAAAGGCUUCGAUUUAAUGUAUAUCGGAGGCAAAUACCAAUGCCACGAUAUAGACGAAUGUUCCCUUGGCCAGCAUCAGUGCGGUAGUUAUUCACGAUGUUACAAUACACCAGGAUCCUACAAAUGCAAAUGUAAAGAAGGUUACAGAGACAAUGGAACAAACUGCAUACAAAGGCCGGUGACCAGACCAACAGCUCGACCCACACCUGGGCCAACAACUCGAACCACAUCAAGGCCAACAGCUCGACCCACACCUGCGCCAACAACUCGAACCACAUCAAGGCCAACAACUCGACCCACGCCAAAGCCAACCACUAGGUAUGUACCAGUGACAACAAGGCCAGUGACAAAGCCUCCACCUCCAACGCCACCUCUGCCUACAACGUUGAGACCUACACUGCCACCACAAAGAACUUCUCCGAUAACCACCACACAUCCUUUGCUUGUUCCUGCUGAAACUACAUCUUCCCAAGGAGCUGCAGAUGAUAACAGGAUACAGAUAGAUCCUCAGAAACCCCGAGGGGAUGUGUUCAUUCCACGCCAGCCCGGGGUGAGCAAUAACCUGUUUGAAAUACUUGAAAUUGAACGUGGGAUUACUGCUGAUGAAUUUGAAGCCAAUGAUGACCCAGGCACGCUGCUACACAGCUGUAAUUUCGACAGCGGCCUGUGUGGAUGGAUCAAGGACAAGGAUGAUGGUUUGCACUGGGAGCCGGUUAGAGAUGCAUCAGGGGGACGAUAUCUCACCAUCUCGGAACCCAAAGGCACAGGUGGAAAAGCAGCACAUCUUAUUCUGCCGCUGGGUCACAUGGCUCAAGCUGAGGACUUGUGCCUGUCGUUCAGACAUAAGGUGCCUGGGCUGCAUUCGGGUGCCCUCCAAGUCUUUGUGAGGAGAAGUGGUGCUCAUGGACCAGCUGUGUGGGGAAGGAACGGCGGCCACGGCUGGAGGCAGACACACAUAACUCUGCGAGGACGGGGCAUCAAGAGUGUUAUUUUCAAAGGGGAGAAAGGGGAAGGAAGAACUGGGGACAUUGGACUGGAUGAUGUGAUGUUGAGAAGAGGACGCUGCUCUGAAGGGCAUUAGCAAAGACAGUGGAGUAGCACAGCCAACUCCUCCAGCCCUUCUCAUGCUUUUCUUACCGAGCUUUGAAACAGAACUGCAUGAAAAAAAGGAAAAACAGAUGGAGAACGACAACUUCUUAGUGGUCUGCUAAGUGCAAUCUCGCUGCAACUUCAGUUGAAAACGUGAAGAGCUCCUUCUGCAAUUCAGGAACUCAAAAUCAGAGCUGGUUGUUUCUGUUAAUCUCUGCCUCUAAAUCACGUUUUGUAUCUAGUAACUUUAUUCCCCGUUAAAGUCCAAGUACUCACCCAAAGAGCACUUGUGAAAAAGGGAGAAUUAAUUACAAACAGUAUGAAAUCUCUGGCUUGGAAAGUCUUAGUAUUAACAGAUGUUCAUUAUCUCCCCAUAGUGCUACUCUUCUGUUAAUUAGGUUUGAUAGACAGUGGGAUUGAUCUCGCUUCAGAGCCAUCUGAAGCCCGGACCUGAACUCUGGAUCUCUGCCGCUGACCUUUGAAGAAGGGUUGCUCCUUUCAUUAUUAAACAGCAUUUAUUUUGGUCUUGCAUCUGUAUCAAAAAGCAGUUACAUAGAGUAGGCACUGCACCCUGUAUAAUUGCUACUGCUGUGUUUUGUGUAUAUGUGUAUGGUUAUUAAUGUAUUUAUGUUUUUAAUAUUUACAGACUCUAGUUGCAAGAUAAUUGGCAGUCUGUGCUUUCUUAUUGCACAGGAGAGGAGCUCAGUACGCUGCGGGAUCCCGCUGGUCGUACCAAGACGUAGGUUACAAAGUCAGCUAAUGGUGCUCACUGAAAAGUGCCGGUGCAGUUUUCACGUAGUAAUACGCUGAAGGCAAAAGACCAAAUCCUUACCUGAUGUAAACUGGCACCUGCUGAUGCUGCACAGCUCUGCCUUUGGCUCAGGAGCCAACCCUCAGUCCUGCCAGCAGCUCCUGGGCAGACGGUGAGGUUCUGCCCGCCAAAGCACAAGGAACGUUCCCUUCCAUACAGGGCACGAGCCAACGUGUAAGAUAAAGAGGGCAGCUGCGUUACUGCUGUACAAACAAUUCAGACCGUGAAAUGCCUUGAGUCACCUUUGUGUAAUGUCCAUAUUCUACCCAAGUGUUCUGUAUAUAAUAAACAUCAAACUGUUUAGAACUAGACCAAAUAUUAGCUCUCGCUGGCGCUAAAUAUUUAUCAGAACUUUGGACUAAUUUUCUUAGUUUUGUAUCAUGCACGUGCUCUGCAGGUUCCCAGGGAGCCCUUCAUUUGGUUUAGGAUUCUUAGACGAUGAACGUCAUCAUUGCUGUAAGAAGUCUGAAUUUGACAAUAGUAUCACUGCAGGAAAUGACAACAGAUGGGUAAAGUGUUCCUAGAGGCACAGCCUUAAAGCUUAAAAAAUAUAUAUGUAGCAAAAACAGGUCUCAGAUCUUUUAAAUACUUACAUAAAGUGUAAAACAAGUGUCAGCUUCGCAUCUCGUUACAGAAUUAUCAUUAAGACAAAGUCAAACCCUGCAGUGAGCCUGCAGCUGUGAGAGGCCAUAUUCCAAAUGGCUGUUACUGCCAAAGCACCCUUUUAAGAAUACUCUUCCACGUUGUCCCUUCAGACGCCAUCAGCACUGUACGUACAGCAGCACAUCUGACCAAACAGGUGGAGAUUCUCCUGCACAAACAUAUCAGCAAACGUUCUGGAAUGGAAGCAAACCACCUAUUUGUAAAAAUUCUGGCAACCACUUUGCUUCAAUUCUGAUUGUGAGCUGUCUUCUCUUCUGUUACUUCGCAGUACAUCAGAAAUACUUGUGAAUAGUGGAAAAGACUUGUCGUUAUUUUAAAGUAUUCAGUAAAGAAGGCUCUUACUGGA